AAAAUGUUAAACCAUUAUGUCCUGAAGCACCAAUUACAAGAUCAUGUUCCGAAACAAAUAGAGCAUUUCCACCUCUGAUUGUGAAAGCUGAUCUGAGACCAGCAUCUGAAAGCCUGAAUGGAAACACAGAUAGACACUCCCAUGACAACAAGGAAACUACAGCCGCAGACUCCGUUCCUACAAACCUCAUCACGAAAGUCCACAAUGUUUUAUGCCCGUAGUGUUGUAUUAUACGCGUUACUAUGUAUUUGUUCCACAAAUGAUAGUAAAAUUAAAAACGCAUCGAUACCAGUGCGUCUGUUUACCGAGGAAGAGUUGCAAAGAUACGAUGGGAGCGAGGAUGGGCAACCAAUUUACAUGGCCAUUAAAGGAGUAGUGUUUGACGUCACAACUGGAAAAGAAUUUUACGGAAAGGGAGCACCUUAUAAUGCCCUUGUGGGCAAGGACUCAACUAGAGCUGUAGCCAAAAUGUCCCUUGACCCAGCCGAUCUCACACAUGACAUUACGGGCCUCACUGAGAGUCAACUUCAAUCCCUCGAGCAGAUAUUCAAAGGCACAUACAAAGCAAAGUACCCUAUUGUGGGAUAUACCAGCAGGCGCGUUCUCAAUGAGGAUGGCAGCCCCAAUAAAGACUUCAAACCUGAAGACCAACCUAAUUUCAACAUUAAAGAUGAAUUUUGAUGCUGAGUACAGCCUUUAGAGAUAAUUAUCUUAUAAUAAAGCUAUCUAACAAUCCAAUCAAAAGUCUGAAUAAUAGUUAUUUGUGACCUCUGACAGUACACUAAGUGGGCAUGUGUAAAUUUGAGGUUGUCUGGUGGUCUUUUAACCUACAACCUAAGAGCAAUUAUGAUGCAUACUAUCCCACGUGGGUUUUUCCCUGGUGGGCUGCUUUGAAGGUCAUUCAAAUGAGGCCACCUACAGGUGUGAUUAAAAUAAAAAAAAAAAAGAGGUAUGGUUGUUUGGCCUUUUUACAUGUAUUAAAAGAUGUCAGAUAGCGAUUUUAGUUGUUUACGUUGUGUGAAAAGGAUUGAUAAUUGUAAACAUGCGUUAAAUCACUUGGUUUCUUUCACUGUACAUAAGGGGAAAGUUUGGUGAUUCACGCUUCAUGUAGAAAUUGAAAUUGCUUUGUGGUGAGGGGUUUCGUUUUACAAAUUAAGAAGUUAAGCGUUAAUGUUAUCAUUCCACGACAACAUUUUUACUCAAACUCCAUCUCAGUCAUAAUUAUAGUGUUUGUGUCUAAUCUGUACGAAAUGCCCCUGAUGACCAGAUAUGUUUCACAUUAAUCUGAGAGAGAGUUGUUUGUUACUUCAACUUUUUGUCCUGUCAUAUUAGUGUCAUCUGGGAUAUUUUAAGGCUGGAUGAAAUGUAAUAAAGGAGUUGUUGAUAGACACACAGACUGGUGUCAUCUGAUCUCAAAGGAGUGUGAUGUGAGUCAGGCUAUUGGAACAUGGCUGUUCAACAUGUAGAAGAGACUGGGGCUAGUUGUCACAAGAGCUAAAUCUCAGUAAUUAUAAGGAUAUGAACUAAAGGUUGAAUUGCACAAAUAAUUGUUUGACAUAUCUAUAUCAUGUAAAUGUUUGAAGUCAGUAAAAAUGUGUAUUGUUUGUGAAUAAAGUCUCUUAUGUUUAACAAGGCUGCGUUUAUUUGAUCAAAAAUACAGUAAUAAAAGUACUUUAUAACUUUAA